AUGGCAGCUGCCGCCUCUGUGUCCAGCCUGGCUGAUGAGGUUAACUGCCCCAUCUGCCAGGGCACCCUGAGGGAGCCGGUCACCAUUGACUGCGGCCACAACUUCUGCCACAGUUGCCUCGCCCGCUACUGCGAGAUCCCAGGCCUGGAUACUGAGGAGGCCCCCACCUGCCCACUCUGCAAGGAGCCCUUCCGUCCGGGGGGCUUCAGGCCCAACUGGCAGCUGGCCAGCGUCGUGGACAACAUCAAACACCUCCAGCUGGUGUCCCUGCCGGCCUCAGCGGAGGGGGACGCCUGCCAGGAGCACGGUGAAAAGGUGUACUUCUUCUGCGAGGAUGACGAAGUGCAGUUGUGUGCAGUGUGCCGCGAGGGCCCGGAGCACCGCGCUCACACUGUGCGCUUCCUGGAGGACGCAGCACAGCCGUACAGGGGGAGGGCUCUCAUUUUACACAGAUCCCUAAAGGAUGUCGACCUGGUCAGGGGGGAGAAAGGAGGGGAUCAGGGAAAUGGAGAGGGAGGCGGACGACAAUGACUAACUUCUUCCGGGGGUCUGGCUCCCCCCUUCCCUCCUCAGACACGGGUGGCUACCAAGAGAGAGAAAGUGGUUUCUGAGUUUGCACAUCUGAGCCAGUUCCUGGAGGAACAACGGAGCAUCCUCUUAGCUCAACUGGAGAGGCUGGACGGGGACAUUGUGGGACAACAGGAGGAGUUUGAGAAUCUGGUCAGUGGGGAGAUCUGUCGGUUCAGUGCUCUGAUUGCCGAGCUGGAGGAGAAGAACAGGAGGCCGGCGAGGGAGCUCCUGACGGAUAUCAGAAGCACUCUAAUAAGCUUUGUCAGGGUUUAUCAUGUACGCACGUCACCUGGAGAUCUUGCUAAAAUGAAGACUCUGAUCCAGUGGGUCUGGGGCCUAAGAUCCAGCAUUUCUAACAUGCCACCAUGUGAUGCCCAGGCUCUUGACCAGCCUAACAUUUCUCUAGACCCCCAGACUUCCCAUCCUAAGCUCCUCUUGUCUGAGGACCACCAGCGGGCACAGUUCUCCUACAAGUGGCAGAACUCACCAGACAGCCCCCAGCGUUUUGACCGGGCCACCUGCGUUCUGGCCCAAGGAGGUUUCGCAUCAGGGAGACACACGUGGGUGGUGACUGUUGACUUGACCCAUGGGGGCAGCUGCACGGUGGGUGUGGUGAGCGAGGACGUGCAGCGGAAGGGAGAGCUGCGAAUGCGGCCAGAAGAGGGGGUGUGGGCGGUGAGGCUGGCAUGGGGCUUUGUCUCCGCUCUGAGUUCCUUCCCCACGCGGCUGGCCCUGGAGGAGCAGCCCCGGCAGGUCCGGGUUUCUCUGGACUAUGAGGUGGGCUGGGUGAGCUUCACCAAUGCUGCCACUGAUACGCCCAUCUACACCUUCACAGCCUCCUUCACAAAGAAGCUCUGUCCUUUCUUUGGGCUCUGGGGCCGAGGAUCCAACUUCUCCCUGAGCUCCUGA